AUGGCGCGUGCCAAUCGCGCAUCGCCGCCUCCUUCCGCCAUCCUGCGCUCGUCGUCGCGCCGCGUGCGCCUGAUAUUGCUCGUCGCCCUCCUCGCCUCCUCCGCAGCUUCCGCGUCGCAUCCAUCCGACGGCAGCGAUGCAAAUGACGCCUCGCGCUCGAGCAUUGCCGCCGCCGCCGCAGCAGCAGCCGCCGCGGAUGGCAGCAUGGCGGACGCGGGAAUGGGAUUAGGGAUAGCGGAUGUGUUUGUGUCUACUGAUGAUCUCCCGGCGGCGAAUGCGGCGACAGAUGCGGCGACCAAUGCGGCGACUGACGCGGCGGGGCAGGCGAAGUUUGAUCCGGAACUGGCGGGAGUCGAGGAGGAGGAGCGAUUGGUGGACGAGCUGCUGACGUGGCUGGAGGAGAGAGGCGUGACUGGGAUCCGAGGGGAGGAGGCUGCUGUGGAGGUGAGGCGAUGGGGGCUGUGUGGGCUGGGAAGAGGUGGUGCAGUGAGGUACUGGAGAGGGGCGUGUGCUCAUUCCACCUCUGCUGCUUGCAAGCGUGCCGAUUUCCUGCCACACCCUCUUCGCGCCUUCCACUCGCCACAACUCAUGAACAUUUCUGCUCUCUUCUCCCCUGCCGCCCUUACCCUUGCCGGCCUUGCUGCACGCGUGCAGGUAUUUAUAGACGCCAACACUACUCUCAAGGCGUCCGGCAGGUCAAGGGCGAAUCUGGGCAUGGUGGCGCGGCGUCCCAUCGCGGAGGGCGAGGUGUUUCUGUCGCUGCCUCGCUCGCUCGCCAUCUCGGCCCUUCAAGCGCAGGAGGAGGCAAAGCCGUACGAGGGGGAGGUGCAUCCAUUCACGGCGCUGGCGGCGUGGGUGCUGAGGGAGCGGGGCAAGGGGCGCGCGUCCCUGUGGGCGCCGUUCGUGCGCCUGCUGCCCGCCCACCUGCCCUUCCCCCACCUCUUCCGCGAUGAGCUGGUGCCCGAGCUGCAGUAUGACGUCAUGCUGGCUGAGGUCACGGAGCACAAGAAGGCGCUCCUGCAAGAGUACAACAAGUGCCGCCCAGAGGCCAUCGCCAACGCCACCCAGGAGGAAUUCUUCUGGGCGGCAGGGAUCGUCACUUCCCGCAUGUUUGCGUUGAGGCCUGCUGAAGCAGCAGAGCGAGAGGACAAGGGGAAGGAGGGGGAGGGGCAGGGCGAGGAGGAGCGGCAGGAGGCGGACAUAUCGCUGGUGCCGUAUGGGGACCUCUUUGACACUGAUGACGUACCCAUCGCCAUCUGGCAGGACACGGGCAGCAGCAUAGAGUUCACAGCGUUAACGGACAUACCAGCGGGGCAGCACGUGGCGGUGCACUACGGGGAGCUGAGCAACGACGAGGCGCUGGUGAUGCGCGGCAUGGUGCUGGGCGGCAACUACCGCGACCACGUGCACCUCUUCUCCUCGCCGCAGGACGCCCUUCGCUUCCACGUCGACAAGUUCCUGCGCGGCUAUGGCCACACGCUGGAGCGGACGCCCCUGCAGGGCACGUUUGAGCGCGUGGAGGCAGAGCUGCAGAAGCAGGCGGCAGCACCGCAGUACGAGGGUGUGGCGCAGCGCUAUGAGUACCGCAUGGCACCCGGCAGCCCCCUGUCCGCGUGGUUCGGCGGGCGGUUUGACCCGCGCCUGCUGGGCAUCUUCACUGCGCUGCACGCCCUCGUCGUCAACAACCGCAGUGCGUGCUCUCCCUGCCUUCCAUUCCCUCCAUGCCCCUCCCUGCCCUCCAUGCCCCUCCCUGCCCUCCCUGCCUUCUCUGCCCUCCAUGCCCCUCCCUGCCCUCCAUGCCCUCUCUCCCUCUCUUCUGCCUGCUGGGCAUCUUCACGGCGCUGCAUGGCCUUUCAGGUGAACCGCAAUCAACUUUCAAAACAACAUUCUGUUCUAUCAUUUCUCUGUCCCUCCUCCCACUUUUCCUGUUCCAUGGGAGCAGAGCCGGAUCUGAGCCAGGUGGCACAGGUGUCGCUGCUGUACGGGUGGAUGAAGGACCCCAAGACCACCUGCGAUGACCUGGCGCGCCUCGUGGACGAUGACGUGUCGGACGCGGUGCCGCCAGCUGGCAACGUGCUGGUGGAGCGAGGGCAGCAGCUGCUCAAGGAGUUCCCCACCACCCUGGGGGAGGACCUGCACCUGUGGCGCCAGGUCAAUGUGUGCAAGGCGCGGGUGCUGUUCGGUGCGGUGGAGGGCGGUGAGCGGGGUGAUACGGGUGAUGGGGAGGGUGCGGAUGCGGUGCAGUGCGGUGCGGAGUAUGUGAGGGAACUGGGCGAGUGGGAGGUGAUUCUUCGGUAUCGUAUGAUGAAGAAGUACAUUCUCAGGCACCUUGUGGGCCGCCUCCUGCACACCUGUGAAAACUAA